AUGAUGUCAGAACAGGAUUUGGCAGAUGUGGUUCAGAUUGCUGUUGAGGACCUGACUCCAGAUAACCCAGUUGUGUUGACAAACCAUGAAGUGGCAGAUGAUGAAGUGGAACCUGCUCUGAAGCGUCAGCGCAUAGAGAUCAACUGCCAGGAUCCCUCUAUUAAGUCAUUCCUGUAUUCCAUCAAUCAGACAAUAUGCCUGCGCUUGGAUAGCAUCGAGGCAAAGCUGCUGGCACUGGAGGCCACCUGUAAAUCACUGGAGGAGAAGUUGGAUCUUGUCAUGAACAAGCAGCACAGCCCCAUCCAGGUCCCCAUGGUCGCAGGGUCUCCGCUCGGCGCCACACAGACCUGCGACAAAGUACGAUGCGUUGUCCCUCAGACCACAGUCAUCCUCAACAAUGACCGGCAGAACUCCAUUGUAGCCAAGAUGGUUGGGCAGGAAGAGCCACUCAACAGAGCAGCAGAUUCUCUGGAAAACAUCCUUAGCAAGUCA